AUGUCCGUCUUCUCCCUCAACAUCAAGUCCUCCAACCCCGUCACAAUCGAGACCCUCGACACCGUCGCAACCACCCUGGGGAUCAAGAUCGCCGAGCAUGAAAAAGAAGACUACCUCCGUCUCCUCGCAGUAUACCACGAGAGCGCCGAGGCCUUGAUGAGCCUCCCUGACUACGUCCCCGAAGUAAACGAAACCCGUUUCCUCCGCAGAAACAUCCACUUCCCCCCGGCCUCCGAGAACCCUCUCAACGCAUGGGCCUGGAAAUGCGAGAUCGAGGACCAAUCCCCACCUGCAACACCAGGCCUCCUCGCCGGCCGCACACUCGUCCUGAAGGAUAACAUCGCCGUCAAGGGCGUGCCCAUGCUCAUGGGGACGGACAUGGUGAGCGGGUAUACGCCGGACACAGACGCAACGGUCGUAACGCGCGCGCUCGAAGCCGGCGCCAUCGUGCAAGGCAAAGCCGUCUGCGAGAACCUGUGCCACUCGGCGACGAGUUCCUCUGCGGCCACGGGCUCCGUGCAUAACCCGUUCGCGCACGGGUACAGCAGCGGCGGGAGCUCGAGCGGGUGCGGUGCGCUGGUGGCGAGCGGGGCGGUGGAUUUGGCGAUUGGCGCGGAUCAGGGCGGGAGUGUGCGGGUUCCAGCUGGGUGGUGCGGUCUGUACGGGCUGAAGCCUACGUUCGGACUGUUGCCGUAUACGGGGUGUGGGUCGAAUGAGCCGAGCAUCGCCCAUGUGCCCUGGGAACUAACAUGGUGCAAAGCAAACGACCACCUCGGCCCCAUGACCCGCACGCUCCUCGACAACGCCCUCCUCCUGCAAGCAACAGCCGGAACCGACAACAUCGACGACCGCUCCUUCGCCGCACCACCCCCCUCCAAGAUCCCAGCAUACCACGACCUCCUCCUCUCCCUCCCCAACCCAAGAUCCCUAACCGGGGUAAAAAUCGGCAUCAUAACCGAAGGAAUGACCAUGCCGGGCAUCGACCCGCGCGUGCUGAAAACAAUCACGCACGCAAUCUCCCUCUUCUCCACCCUCGGCGCUGACAUCUCGCACGUCUCAAUCCCAAUGCACACCAAAGGCGCCGCAAUCUGGACACCGAUCUCGAAGUCAGGGAACUUCCACUCGCGCAUGAACCGCGCGUUCGGGAGGCGCGGACACGCGCUCACAGACCUAAACACGCUCUUCCACCCGCUGACGCAAGAAAAGUGGGAUAAAGCAUACGUGUCUACCAAGAAUAUCUACCUGAACGGGGCAUACGCGGAAUCGCACUUCCCCGGCAUCCUCAGCAAGGCGACGAAUCUGUCGCGGAAGUUGCGCGAUGAGUAUGAUGCUGCAUUGAAGGAGUGUGAUGUGCUUGUCCUGCCGAACACGCCGUACGUCGCGAAUAGCCAUGUUGAUCCGGAGGUUGCGACGCCCCUGCAGAUGGUUGCCAAGCAGGUUGGGCUUACGGCGAACACGGCGCCGUUUAAUCAGAGUGGGCAUCCUGUGCUGGCGAUGCCGGUGGGGAUGCUGGAGGUUCAGGAAGGGCCGCUGGCGGGCAGGGGGGUCAAGGUGCCGGUUAGCAUGCAGGUUGUUGGGCGGUGGUGGGGGGAGAGUGAGGUCUAUCGGGUGGCGUAUGCGUGGAGUUUGAGCUUUGAUUGGAGGGGGAUGUAG